AUGAAUUAUAUAGCAGAUAAACACCAACAUCAAAAAAUGAAAUAUUGGGGGGAGGAGGAGACACGAAAUGAUAUUUUCGCCCCUUCUUUUUUUAUGAAGAGGGGAUUGCCGUCCUCGACCCUCCUCCCUCUCCAGAAGUCUGCGCCUAUGGUACUUGCAGUUAUUAAUGCAAUGAAGAAAAAUAUUUCUGGAGUGGGUGUACAUUCCCAAAAUUCUGUACAAAAAAACGUGUAUAAAAUAAAUAAGAUAUAG